AUGUCCACCAACGACGCUGCGCUGCCAUCUCCACCGUCAUGCUCACUCGACAAUCCCAAUCUCGCCCAUCUUCACGAGGACCGCCGGUUCCGGUUCACCCCCGUCAAGGCCACCCGGGACGUGCCUCGUGUUUGGGAUCGCAAGCCCUCGACUCCGUUCCUGUCGCGUCCCCGGUCCCGGAAGGUGUGGAAGCGCUUUCGUUCCUCGUUUAACAGUAUGAAGGCGCUGCAGCGGCUGGUCGCGACUGAGCGCGAGUCCGUCGACGAGGACCUCUACUUCACCGAGAUCAACACGUCGCGAAAUGCGACCACCAUGCGCGGCGUCAAACGACGCUGCUUCUCACUGGAGGAGGAUACCGAUGAGACGGCAUCGCGUGGUCGGUCAUUCCUGGAAACGAAAUGGGAGUCUAAUAUAAUCAUCGGGCGACGACGCAAGAUCCCGACAAACUACGGUCUCGUGGACGAGCCCGAGCCUAUUACCAUCGAGAUGGUGCAGCCUCGAGAACCGCAGGAUGAAAUCAGUGAUGAUGAGAUCGCAUCGGAUACGUCCACGUUGGUCGCGCAAACUUCCGUGGAACAGGACGAAUCCCGGGCGGCCACCACGGCGUUGGCGCCGCUGGUAGCCUAUCCCCGCUUGCUACAUGGCCAAUCCACUGAUACCCCGAGUGAGACGGAUGAGGCCGCCGCCGACAUAAAAGAAACGGCGGAUAUUCCCUCGCAAGAAGUAAAUGAACAAGGUUCCCCGUUACGGCACGACAGCGAGAACACGGACUCGACUGCGACUGUGACGACCACGACCGAGCCUGAGGAUGCACCGCUAGAUGCGACCAUGACGGAUGAUAAAAAGGCUGAACAUCUAGAAGAGCCACCGAGCACCGAGAGCACCGAUGAGAACGUCGCCACUGACGGUACUCCUGCUGUCGCACCUGCAGCUGCGCCCGCACCCGUUGAGGACCUGACUGCCGAACAAGAGUCGACCCUAGUGCGCUCGGCGCUACGAAGCUCGUUGGAUGGGGAGGACGCCGCGCUGAUCAACAACUUCCUCUCCAAGGCGAAAGCGAAACGUGAAGCCAAAGCGGCUCUGGUCACGCCGGAAACCGAAGAAGAAACUAAUACCUCACCCCCAGCGGAGAUCGAAGUCCCCGAAAUGCCCACGCCGCCGCCAUCUCGUCGGGCUUUGGAGGAUCUUGACGCCAACUCUCCCUCCCCUCAGAAGUUUCAGUGCUCACCGAUCAAGGGCUCGGUGAAGGAUGUCAACGAGAACGACGAGCCGCUGCCGGCCAGCCCUCGUCGAAGCACACGAAGCACCAAACCGCCGCGAACGACAACCGGCGUUGUUCGCAACACAUUCUCUCUGCGGCGAGCCAAAGGGACCGAGUUUGUCUUCCUCCAGCGUUCCGAGGCGCAGGAGCUGGCGUUGGCCACGCGGAAAAAUACGCGCAACAACAAAGGCGAAUCGGUUCCCCCUAAGUACACGCUGCAGAAGUUGGCGCAGCCAUCCUCCGACUCCGAGCAGGUCGUGGCCGAUGACGACAAGCCUGCACGGAAAGCUGGUCGUCCGGCCGCCGCGAAGAAGCGUGUCUCGUGGAAUGAGCAGCUGGUCGAAUAUGAGGGGGAGCAAAAUAAUGGUGCGACGAAACACCGCGAUGACGUUGGUGACCGAGGAGACCGGUUGCCGGGUCGCAAGUCCGAGAAAAGAAAGACGACCAGUAAACGCAUCACUCGCUCGCAGGGCUCCCCCGACAGUGGUGGUGACGGGGCAACCACCGCGUCGACUACUGCACCCGCUACUGCAACCCCUCGCACGCGCCGUGUCCGACGCCUGGGAACCCCCAAGUCAUCCACCACGGCUGCAGUCGCGUCCUUAGAAUCGAGUCCGUCGUCAUCGCCCUCGCCCAGUCCGGAGAAGCGUAAGAAGCUGACCCCUCGGUCGCCUCGCACGACGUUACUGGGGUCGUCUACGUCGAAGAAGGUGUCCAGUCGCAACAGCACGAGCAAGUCGUUGGACAGUAGCAGCUCGGGCAGAAGCGCCAGUAUCUUCCAAACACAUGCUGGAUCUACGCCGAUACCAAGAAGAAUCCGAUCGCGCGGUUAA